AAACCAUGAGUAUAAAAAUUUCAAACUUAUUAAAAGACUAUUUCCAGUGCCUAAUGCUAAAGUGCUCUGAUAACGUGGAUGGCGUGAAUGAACAUUCUAACUUAAUUUAAAAAAAAUAAAACUAUCAACACGAGCAGAAUGAAUACGACCGCAUCACCUAAUUUAAACUUUGUGGUAAAUGACAGCACGCGUUACACCACUGUACAACCGAACAUUGUCUUCGAAGGUGUUGAACUGCAGAUAUCAAACACAACUCAUUUGGAUUACAUUCACAACCGAAUGGUCCAAACGUUUUUCAUCGUAAUGUACUGCCUCAUCUUUACGAUGGGAGUUUUCGGUAAUGUUCUGGUCUGCUUCGUAGUAUUUCGAAAUCGUUUAAUGCAGUCCGUGACGAAUUUAUUCAUUACAAACUUAGCACUUUCCGACAUCCUGCUAUGUAUUUUAGCCAUACCAUUUACGCCGACUUAUACGUUCUUGAGACGGUGGAUAUUCGGAACGAUCUUGUGCCAUUUAGUACCAUACGCACAGGGAGUCAGUGUGUAUACAUCAACGUUGACGCUAAUGGCUAUCGCUAUCGAUCGAUUCUUUGUUAUAAUUUAUCCGUUCCAGCAGCGAAUGAAAGUCAUUGCUUGCAUAGUCAUCAUCCUUAUCAUCUGGAUGAUAUCGUUGAUGCUAACCCUUCCGUAUGGACUGUAUAUGCAAGUAGCCCAACUGAAUUUCACCGGUGAAUAUGAGCAUUAUUGUGAAGAGGAUUGGCCUAGUGAACAUUAUCGCCGAGUGUACGGAUCCAUAACGACAACACUGCAAUUUUUGCUGCCGUUUGCUAUAGUUACAUUUUGCUAUGUCUGUGUUUCGGUUCGUUUGAAUUAUCGCGCGAGAAUGAAGCCGGGCGCGAAAACAACGAAAAAAGAGGAAGUCGAUCGGGAUCGAAAGCGACGAACGAAUAGAAUGUUAAUCGUAAUGGUUGCAGUGUUCGGUUUAUCCUGGUUACCAUUGAACGUUGUCAAUGUUUUGAAUGACUUUUACCUGAACACGCACGAAUGGAAGGUAUACAAUGUACUCUUCUUCAUUGCACACAGUAUCGCAAUGUCAUCCACCUGUUACAACCCUAUACUGUACGCCUGGCUGAACGACAAUUUUAGGAAGGAAUUUAAACUAGUAAUUCCCUGUUUGACACCGUUGGGUCGAUUAAAGUGCAUUUCUGGUAGUCAACGGUGGUACACCGAGACCACAUGCAAUGGAACCGAAACCAUGCAGGAAUCACUACUCACAUCCAGUUUCACGAGAAGCAACUGUCCAUCGCUGGUAACGCGCGACUCUAUUCAACUUAAUGGAUUCAGAAGUCCGUUAGACCAUUCCAUUUUACUGUCGGAUGUGGUACCAACAUGCAGGCAACGAAGUCCGGAAACCGUGCUGCUUCCGUCAGGUGUUUUGGAAACAAAUUUCGAUGAGCCACUGGAUUUCAUCGAUGAUCAGCCCUCGUAUGAAAGUCGGAUUCGAUUCGAAGAGGACUCUUUCAGUGAACUUAGAGCUAAAGAAAUUACCAACGACGUUGGAUUUUACGUUUCAUAG